AUGCGACAGCACCACGUUUCGCAGCGCAAAAUAAUACGAAAAGUCAUCAAGGCAUUUGGCCCUAACUGCGCCGUACUUCAAAAGGUUGCUCCUGAUGAAAAAAUGGAAGGCAUAUCGAAGAAAAGCCCGGAAAAACAGGAAUAUAAUAUACACUCUCACCUCGUUUCUGAACAGUCUGCCACUCUGAGGACUACUGUCCAUGGGGAGUUUAAGGAAGCAAAGGAUGGCUUUGUCACCUGGGACGAUAUCGACGAGAGAACCUUCUUGAGCUUUUGGGAUUACGUGUACACCGGAGAUUACGAUGACCCAGAACUGGUUGUUGGGGCAGAGGAAGAUACUGACGAUAGCUCCAUCGAACAUGACGGUAUUACAGACGCAAAUGGUCCCAACCACCACUCGGCCCAAGCCUCAGCCGCUGAGGAGCAUGGGCUUGAGCUUCAACCCGAGGAAGUUGCAAUUGCGGAAACCGAAGCGCCUUCGGCGUCAAUCUGGGUACACACGCCAGAGAAGAAGGCUAAGAGAAGAAGGAUACCAAAGCGGGAAGUGCUAUGGAAUGACUUUCAGAAGUCCUGGCCUAUAGACAUGUCCAUAUACGUUGAGUAUGGGACACGCAGUAUUGGGAGUCGGCCAACAGAUCAUGGAGAAUUGGAUUGUUCAGGUUGCAGUCGUCUUAAUGAUGCCGUCGUGGUCGUGUCGCACGCAAAAGUCCUGCGGUGUGGUGCUGUCCUUGACCCUCUGAGUUUGUGGUAA